AUGACGUGCGCGAACGCAUCGAGACCUGCGAGUCGGCGGUCGUCCUCGUCGAGAUGGCGCAACGCGCGACGCGUCGUCGUCGUCACCCAAUCCUUGCUCGUCAUCGUCCUGUGCUCCCUCUGCUCGGUCGCUCGAGCGGGUGGUUUCGGUCGCUCGACGCUCUAUCACGAACUUCGACGGACGUACGGAUUGGGUGAUCGACAGCCCGACGCUGAACACGACGACACCGCGAAAGAGGCGAGCGAAACCGCGGAACCGGAGGUUGAAAAGCCAAAGAAUUUGUUAUUCGUCGGCGCGCGGGCGGAUCACGAAGAGUUGCGGGCGCAGUUUGAAAAGUUCCCGGAUCAUCACGACAUCAACGCCCCGUUGCAUCGAAGUGGGCUCACGGCGCUGAAGCAGGCGGUGAUCCUUGGGAACGACACGUACGUGAAGACGGUGAUAGAUCUGGGGGCGGACAUGAACGCAAAACUCCUCGGUGGCAAGGCGAUUCACUUCAACGCGGGCGCGUGCGGGCAGCGAGGGAGCGUGCCGAUCUUGAAAGUUUUGAUGUCGCGCGGCGCAAACGCGACUGAGGAGAGCGAUGCCGGAUAUCAAGCGAUUCACCUGGCUUCCCAGGGAUGGAAAAAGUAUUGCGUGCCGUAUGUCAAGGCGCUCCUGGAGUAUCCGGGUGUCGAUCCGAACGCUCGACGAAGCGUGGGGAACAUGACGACUCCGCUCCAUGAGGCGGCGCAUAAGUCCUCGUGGGAGAUGGCUAAGGUUCUCAUCGAUGCCGGCGCGGAUGUGAACGCGCAAGACGCCGACGGAGAGACGCCUCUGCACAAGGCUAUUCGAGGCGACCACGUGCACUGUGCGUGGGGCUUGAUGCAGCAAGGGGCCGACAUCUUCAUCACGAAUAAGAAGGGCGUCGACGUUGAGAGCUUGGCAAAGCUCCUCCGAGCGGAUUAUGACACGAUUCAGAUGUUCGAACAGCAUAAAAUGGGCAUGGCACGGAAGUAUGACGGCCACGAUGAGCUGUAA